CCUCUCUUUGUUCCUUUUUACUUGCAGAGAAAGAAAACAGAGCAGCAAAGCACAGUUGCUCCAAACCCUAGGUUUUCUGCAUCGGACUUACCCCAGAUUUGGUUUAGAGAAGAUGACUCAAGAUGUGGAAAUGAAAGACCGUACAGCUCCUUCGAACUCUGUUUCUUCCACUGGUCCAUCCACUUUGCACCAGUUGAAGGAGAUAGCAUCACUCAUCGAGACGGGUUCAUACACCAAAGAGGUGCGGAGAAUUGUGCGAGCUAUUCGCCUCACGAUGGCAUUGAGGAGGAAGCUGAAGGUGCCAGUGCUCUCUGCCUUUCUUGAUUUCGCUCUUGUGCCACUUUCUGAAGCCCACUCCAGGUUGUCUGCGUAUCUUCCCAAAGAAGACGAGCAUGACAUGGAAGUUGACACAGCAACAUCUGCCGAUCAAGCUCCAGUGAAGCACUUAGUGCCCGAGCUUGAGAUUUACUGUUACUUGCUUGUAUUAGUUUUUCUGAUUGAUCAGAAAAAGUACAAUGAGGCUAAAGCAUGUUCUUCAGCAAGCAUUGUUCGGCUUAAGAAUCUGAAUAGAAGAACUGUUGAUGUUCUAGCAUCCAAAUUAUACUUGUAUUACUCAUAUAGCUAUGAGCUUACAGGUCAUCUAGCUGAAAUUCGAGGCAACCUCCUUGGCUUGCACCGGAUUACAACAUUGCGCCAUGAUGAGCUGGGCCAGGAAACACUCCUCAACCUCCUAUUACGAAACUACCUCCACUACAACUUGUAUGAUCAGGCAGAAAAGCUGAGAUCAAAGGCACCACGGUUCGAAGCACACUCAAAUCAGCAGUUCUGUAGAUAUCUUUUCUACCUUGGGAAGAUCCGUACAAUUCAAUUGGAGUAUACCGAUGCAAAAGAGAGUCUUCUACAGGCUGCUCGUAAGGCCCCUGCUGCAGCUCGAGGAUUCCGAAUUCAAUGUAACAAGUGGGCCAUUAUAGUCCGUUUACUGCUGGGAGAGAUACCUGAAAGAACAGUAUUCAUGCAGAAAGGAAUGGAGAAGGCUUUGAGGCCGUACUUUGAACUUACAAAUGCUGUUCGGAUUGGUGAUUUGGAGCUGUUUAGGUCUGUUGCAGAAAAAUUUGCUGGCAGUUUCAGUACUGAUCGAAUCCACAAUCUGAUUGUUCGGCUGCGGCAUAAUGUCAUUAGGACUGGGUUGCGGAACAUUAGCAUCUCUUAUUCCCGCAUCUCGCUUGCAGAUAUCGCUAGCAAACUGAGAUUGGAUUCUGCAAACCCUGUUGCGGAUGCUGAAAGCAUUGUGGCCAAGGCUAUUCAUGAUGGUGCAAUUGAUGCCACUUUGGAUCAUUCAAACGGCUGGAUGGUAUCAAAAGAGACCGGAGACAUCUACUCCACAAUUGAGCCGCAAAUUGCUUUCAACUCCCGGAUUACUUUUUGCCUGAACAUGCACAAUGAAGCAGUUCGGGCCCUCCGGUACCCACCAAACACACAAAAAGAGAAGGAAAGUGCUGAGAAGAGGAGAGAGAGGCAGCAGCAGGAGCAAGAACUUGCAAAGCAUAUUGCAGAGGAGGAGGAUGAUGAUUUCUGAGGGAACAGGGGGGUCUUCAUGUAAUUUUUCUGCAGAGUACAGGGUGCCUUCCUGGCUGGUUGUAUUUUUCUUCUGUCUCCUCCAUUCCAAGAGCCAGCGAGUUCAUAGUCUCUUACCAUAACUAUACCUUUUAGAGCAAACUGUAGUAGAUGGUCACAUUCUACUGUUUUUAUCUGUUGAUUUUUAUCAUGGCAAUUUGAAUAGCUCACAUCAUGUUUUGAUUGUGUCAAGUCUGGUUCUACAGGUACCCCAUCGUAUCUAUUGACAAAUUGCAUUA